AUUGGCAGGAGUUCGGAUGCGUAAUAAUUCUAUCACGAGUGAUUUAAUUUAAAUAUUCGCAUCCUAACGACUGCCCAUAUUUUAUUAACUGAUAAAUUUAUAGGAACAUAUUUAUUAUUUUUAUUCUAACAACACAUUUAAAUUACUCACAUUUGACAGCAAUACAUUUUAGCCCGAUACGUCAUUCGGCGGGUCAUAUGCUGUUAUCAAAAAUCUCCCUACGCGUCGAAAGCCUUGCAUAACGGAAUUGUCUUACAUUCUUUAAAUUUUGAUUUAACUAUAUACUAGUUACUGCUGUGAAUAUGUUAUUUUCAAUUACAUCCGAGGUCUUAUUUGAAGAAAAUCAGAAAUAAAUAUUUUAUUCAAAGUUUAUGCAGUUUCUAAUAGUACACGUCAUUGAUUAUAACACUGCAAUAUACACAUCAGAACAUUGCAGCAUAUAAACUACGUAAACACUGGAGUCUUGAAUAUUGGAACGUGGAUUAUGAGUUAUUUACUAUUAUGGUAGAAUCUAGUUGAAAACAAUGGAGUUAGAUAUAUAUGCGCUGAUGUUGAACUGGAAAAUUAUCGGUACUGUCUAGACCGGUUGAAUCAUUUUCUUAACAAAAAACUUCAUCUCAUAGAAAUUGUCGGAAAAUUCGAUGUGCUGUUCAUAACUACCAUUUAGCAGUGAAAAAGUUGAGUGUAUUGUCGGCAUAUAACGUAAGCAGAGUCGAAUCACAGUCAUGUUACAAUCGUAGGUUGCAAUGGAACAGCUAUAUUUUAUCGUAGAUUAAUUUAACUAAAUAUUUAUAUAUAGCUAUUGCUGAGGAUCGUGUUAAAAUUUUGUGUUAUGUUUCCCAGUGAUUAUGAGUGUCGGUAAACAUGUUCAAUGGCUAUAUUCAAGGAAAUAUUGCUUGCAUAUUGAACAUUUAUUUCAAGAAGUUUGUAAAACAUUGUUUUCCAUAUAUGUUUCAGUAAAUGCAUAAUAAAGCAAAGCUUUGUCAACGUUAUCAAAACGCCGCUGAUAUUUUCAAUGUCUUGGUUACUUGAAAUCAGUAUAACUACAUGGAGAAGUCAGAGUGAUUUGUGCAAAACGUAAUAAAAUGUCUCAUACAUUAUAAAGAUAACAAACUAAACUCUUUUGUGUAUGAAUACUUUUAUUUUACUUGUUCUGUGCGUGACUGGUUUAUUACAGAAAUAGGUGAGUGAAGGAGCAUUUUGUGUGUUUGAGUAAGAAAAGCGAAACUUAUAGCUCUGGAAAGAGAGGAAUUGAUUAGGAAAGUCAAGCAACAUUUGUAAGAAAAAGAAAAGUAAAAGCAGAAACAAUAAUAUAAGAAUGAGCAUAAAUCUAGUCGGAAAUAACGCCAGUGAUACCGUUAAGUGAGCCACAGCAAAGUACACGUGUCAAUAGUGUUUCAAAAACAAAUGAGUCAAUACAUGCAAUUGCAAGAAAAAAUAUUGCUUCAAGCACAAGUUAGUCAAUGCCAACUUUGAAGAUGCCUUUAUAUCAACAAAAAUAAAACAAGGAAGUGAAAUGUCCCCAAUGGCAUCGGCUUAUUCGUACAAAACAUUGAAACACAAGAGGACACUUGAGAAGAAAUAAACAACACCAACACGCAUAGAAACAAUUGCAAUGUUAAGAUGCCGAAAGGAAAGAGAAAAACCAAAAAGUAUGGAAAUAGAAUGUGUAUUUAUCAAAAGGCAUAAUGUAACUAUACAACGCAGUUGACUGAAUGAUUUUUUAAUUUUGAACAUGAAAAAGAUAUAUUCAAGCAUAUUUUGGUUGUUAGUGUUAAUUCUGGGGCUUGCAAUUGGAAAUUACAUUGGUUUAUAUAAAAAGGAGAGGUCCAGAAGUUCAUAUAGAAAUGAAAGCAGUAUAGCUCAGAAAGAACAAGGCUUGGAAUAUUUCAGAAUCACAUGGUAUAACUUUCCAAAACCUCAUGCCGUGCACAUGGGAUUUGAAGGACGCGACUACAACAAUUGCAAAAUGUCGAUUAAUAACUCCGAUGCAGGAUACAGUGAUGCAAUCAUUUUUAGAGGUUUUCAUUUUCCAUAUAAAUUGCGUUUUACUCGACCAAAUGGCCAAAUUUGGAUAUUUUAUGAGCGCGAACCGCCCUACCGAUAUAGAAAAGAAAAAUACAGUUGGCUUCCAAGUCACUCAAUUAAUUGGACAAUGACAUAUGACGAAAGUGUUUCUGACAUACUUUUACCAUACGGGGAAAUAAGACAAAAAUCAAGUAAGGCAAACAAGAUUGAGGAUGUAUCAAUGCGGAGUAAAAACAGAACGGCACUUUUGAUAAUGUCUCACUGCAAUACUCCCGCAAAUAGGCUUAGAUAUAUAAAUGAAUUAAAGAAGUUUAUAGACGUUGACGUUUUAGGUGCAUGUGGUACUAAAUGGAAUUGUGGAACCCGCUUUGUACACGACGAUUGUUUUGAAAUAUUAAACCAUUACAAAUUUUUCUUAGCGUUCGAAAACUCGUUUCGUAAUAAUUAUUUCACAGAAAAAAUUUAUGAAAAUUUUGAUUACGAUGUAGUCUUAGUAACACGAGGAGGGAAAAAGGGACAGAUAAAACAAAAACUCCCAGAGGGAACAUUUGUAUCAACAGAUGACUUUAAAAAUGCUAAAGAGUUGGGUUUGUAUUUAAGGUCUAUUAAAGAUAAAACAUAUUUAGAUAUUUUAAGAAGGAAACAACAGUUCACAUCACAUAGAAGUUAUGAAUUAGUGUUUCAUAAAGCUAUGUGUGAAAUAUGCAGAAGAAUGAAUACUGCACAUAUGUUCACCAAAACAAUCACAGAUAUUGAUACAUGGGCAUUUUCCUCAAAUCCGUGUAUAUCACCAGACGACUUUGAAUGAAAGUGUUUUCGGCACGGUGAAUAUUAGCAAUUUUUAUUCUUCUUUUUGUCGUUAGCUGCUAUUGUAUAGUACCUCGUUUGAUCAUAUGUUUGUCUAUAUGUUUUUGUAUACCUGAUGUAUUUGUAAUUUCGUUACAUUCACAGAUAGCUUAUUAUUAAAAAAGUGCCAUCUGACCAAGUAAAAAUUAGUUCAACAAGAAAAUGAUGGCUAUAUGAAUUGAAUAAUUAUAUACACUUUUAACACCUAGACUUAACAGGAUUCCAAAGCCAGAUAAGUUUUAAAAUGUAUAAUAUUCAUGCGCUGAAUACAACUUCCCAUAUCCUCUAAAAACACUUUUGAUGCUUUAAAGACACAGAAUCAAGGUGUGUUACGAACUUUUUUUCAACAUUAUAUUUUGAAAUUGCGUGUGUUUCAUAGAUGAUGUAUAUGUGUACGUUUCUUCAAAAGGUAUAACCAAUGUUAUUUUAGUUUUUAUGUAGGUAGCUAUUUAAUUGAAACGAUGUACCUUAGAUUAUAAAGAAGUGUCUCGUAGAUUAAAGGAUAGACUGGUGGAAAGUUUGACAAAUAGAUUUGAACAGUUUUAGCUACACCUCUUUCUUA